AAUUGGACCCUGUCACAAAUAUCGAGUGAACUUGACCGACAAUUAAGGUUUGAAUGAUUUAAAAUAACUUAAAACUACCGUAGAUGACGUUUCAACGUGGCUUGGAGAGCACGUUAUGGAAACGUGACGCAGAAACUCUUUUGUAACAGUUUAUUCUGACCAAUCAGAGCUCUUCAUUCAUGCCCGUGUAUUCCUGUGGGAGGAGAUAUGUUGAUACAGAAAGGACGCCUUGAAGAGUUGACACGGUAUUACUAUCAAUUUAUAGUCCAUGUUUAACGUUUUGGUGAAUCCUUUUUAACUUUAACUAGUCUAACGUCGCGCUUGGAGACUAUUCUAGUGUUGCUGCUUUUGAUGAGCCUCAUGUGAUAUAGCAAAAUAUCGCUGCUGCAACGAAAAAGUAUUCUUUCCGGAACAUAUCUUCGUGUAAUGUGUUCACUUAGUCUUUGCUGUUAAUCAAGAGAAGUGCCGUGUUGCUAUUUUUGUUGGGUUGUUUGCGCUUUCUGUGGUUACCUGCAGUCCACACAUGCAGCCGCUGCUGGUCAGGAGACCCAGCUCUGUGGACACUUUCAUGGAGCAAGGUUAAGGGUACACCAACCUUUUAAAUCCAGUCACUUGCAGAAAACCCGCUCGACUAUUCAGCUGCCAAAACAACGCAAGGGGGCGCUUUUUAGUUUUUUGUGGGAACCCCUUCCCUCUUUUUCACCCCACCUGGGAUAACAAUUACCAAAUUAAGACCGGCAACAUGGUGGUCAACACUAUCCACUGGUUUAGGAAGGGACUGCGGCUGCACGACAACCCCUCCCUGAGGGACUCCAUCCCGGGGUCGGAUACCCUGCGCUGCAUCUACAUCCUGGACCCCUGGUUCGCUGGGUCCUCCAACGUGGGCAUCAACAGGUGGAGGUUUUUGCUGCAGUGUUUAGAGGACUUGGAUGCCAGCCUGCGCAAACUCAACUCCCGCCUGUUUGUUAUUCGAGGUCAACCGACAGAUGUCUUCCCUCGUCUUUUUAAGGAAUGGCAGAUCACUCGUCUAUCUUAUGAGUAUGACUCUGAGCCUUUCGGCAAGGAACGUGAUGCUGCUGUCAAAAAACUAGCCAGUGAGGCCGGAGUUGAAGUCAAAGUGCAAAUUUCACACACCCUAUACGAUCUUGACAAGAUCAUAGAAGUGAAUGGUGGUCAGCCUCCUCUCACGUACAAGCGCUUCCAGUCUGUAAUCAACUGUAUGCGUGCUGUGGACCUGCCUGCAGAGACGAUCACAUCUGAGGUCAUUAAAACAUGUGCAACACCCAUCGGUGAAAACCAUGACAACAAGUUUGGAGUCCCCUCCCUGGAAGAGCUUGGUUUUGAGACAGAGGACCUGACCACAGCAGUUUGGUCAGGUGGAGAAACAGAAGCCCUCUUGAGACUAGAGAGACACCUGGAGAGGAAGGCAUGGGUGGCAAGCUUUGAGCGCCCACGUAUGAACGCCAACUCCCUGCUGGCCAGUCCAACAGGCCUCGGCCCCUAUCUGCGCUUUGGAUGUCUCUCUUGUCGGCUCUUCUAUGUCAAGCUCACAGACCUUUACAGGAAGGUCAAGAAGGACAGCACCCCACCGCUUCCCUUGUAUGGCCAGCUGUUGUGGAGAGAGUUCUUCUACACGGCCGCAACCAACAACUCCUGCUUUGACAAGAUGGAGGGAAACCCUAUAUGUGUCCAGAUCCCCUGGGGCCGAAACCCAGAGGCACUGGCCAAGUGGGUAGAGGGACGGACAGGCUUUCCUUGGAUAGACGCUAUUAUGAUCCAGCUGAGGCAGGAGGGCUGGAUCCAUCCUUUGGCGCGGCAUGCUGUGGCCUGCUUCCUCACCAGGGGAGACCUCUGGAUCCGCUGGGAGGAAGGCAUGAAGGUGUUUGAAGAGUUGCUGUUAGAUGCAGACUGGAGUGUCAAUGCUGGCAGCUGGAUGUGGCUCUCUUGCAGUUCUUUUUUCCAGCAAUUCUUCCACUGCUACUGCCCUGUGGGAUUUGGACGACGCACAGACCCCAGCGGUGACUACAUACGGCGUUAUUUGCCCAUAUUGAAGGGUUUUCCAGCCAAAUACAUCUAUGAUCCGUGGAAUGCCCCAGAGGAAGUACAGAAGAAAGCAAAGUGUAUCAUUGGAGUUCACUACCCCAAGCCCAUGGUGAACCACGCUGAGGCUAGCCGUGUGAACAUUGAGCGGAUGAAGCAAAUUUACCAGCAGUUAUCCUGCUACAAAGGAUUGGGCCUACUGGCAACAGUACCAGCUAACUCCAACAAUUGGGCAAGUGGAAGUAAUGCCGGAGAAGUAAUCUCUGGGACUAGUCAAGGUUGGGGGAAGUCCACUGAAGACCCCUCAGUGCAAAUGGCAACGUCUCAGACAGACAGAGGACCAACCACGCACAAGCGGCGGUGUGAAGAAGCCCCAACCGAGAGCAACUUUAAAUCCUGGAAGCAGAGCACGUAGUUGCCGAAGGCAGACUAAAGGGGUUCCUCAGUCAGUCUGUAUCAUCUGGCUAGCAUCUUCUCCUGCAGUGCCUUCAGCUAACAUGCAGUAAUAACUAUAACUCACAGCCAUAGAGGAGGAAUCAUACAUUUUGUAAAUAUGUAUUGUUUUUAAUUUCCAGAUUUUUUAUAUUUGGCCAUGGGGGUUUCUUGACUCCUUUUGUAAAUAUUGUGUUACCAAAACUCAAAAGUUCAACUGUGACUGCGUGUGCUUUUGUCUCCCAUGUGAUUGUAAAUCUUAUUUUUGUAUAAAAAAUCGACCAAAUUUUAAUUGUACUGAAAUGGCAAUAAAAUAAAUAUUGUUGUA